AUGAUUACACCAUCUCCAGUGAAUUUUUCAGCUGGUGGUCAGUAUGAUUUUCAACUGAUGGAUCCGAUUCGCUCUGGUAGCAAUGCUUUACAUAUUGAUGUUUAUAAAAUAAAUGCAAUAGGAUAUGAUAAUAUUCCCAGUGUCAAUGGUAGUUCAUUAUCUUUAUCAAACGGACAAAUAACACCGGUGUCAAUGUCAACUCCGACAAUGGGAGUAUAUGUCUUUGAUUUUGGUCAAAACUUUGCUGGAUGGUGUCAAUUUUGA